AUGGACAGAGACCCCUGUGUGGGCAGUGGGUGGCUGCAGAUGGACGUCUGUGGCCGGACCAGACGAGUCACCCCGAUAGCUGGCUCUGGCAUAGUGAAGCCCAGGUCUCCACCACCUCUGCCCAGAGUGAAUGGCUGGUCCUGGCAGAUCCACACCCCGCAGGUGGUAGUCUGGACCAUGCUCCCGGCCUUGGCCUUCACCAGUUUUGUCAUCUUCAUCCCCCUUUUCACUGACACCUGCUACUGUCACCUGUGCGGUGUCACUGUAAGUGAGAGAGACAAACUCUGUACGGCAUGCAACAAAUGCACCGCAGGUUUCGAUCACCACUUCAUGUGGCUUAACAACUGUGUGGGCAGCAGGAACUAUUGGUCGCUCUUCACAUCUGUGGGGUCAGCCUUGGCAUGGCUCCUCUGCCUGACGGCCAUCUUAAUGUACCUCAUGGUACAAUACUGGGUGGACAAGGAGGGGCUAAGGGAUUGA